AAAGAGAAGUAUAUUUCAUAGCUGCUUAAAGGUUAUUUUCAAAGGGUACUUUUUUAACCUGACAAACGAGCAGAUCGCAGAUUCUCAUUUAUUGACUAUAAAAUAGGCAUAAUCUACUUAGAAAAUGGAAUUCCGGGAAUUCCACAUGAUAUACACUCUGUGAAUCUAUUGGUCAGAAACACGUGUCCGAGAGGCCCUGAGUACGACGUCAGCGCGGAGUCUUGCAGCCAAUCAGAAAUCAGAUCCAAAAAUGUUUAGUGGAAGUAUUUGAGCGGCAUUUUCAUUUAGUGCAGCAGGAGAAAUCCAUAACUGUCUGCAGGGAGCAGGAAGAAGUCUGGAGUCUUAACACUUUGUCUUUUUUUAGUGCUUCAGUCGUUUCUGCUGCCGUAAAAAGAGAGGUGAGAUCAGUGUGGAGAGGGAUGCUCUCAUCACAAAGGAAGCAUGAUUGUUCUUGGCCAAAAACCACGAGCGCGUUUUCAGAGCUGAACACUUUUAUCUCAGCUGCACAAACACUGCUUGCUUCUCUUAUCGAAUUCGUGUUUUUCAGUGGUUCUAAACGCGUCACUUAAUCGUCAGAAGGAAAUAGAGACUGAGCGAAAAAUUGGAGUUCUCACUUUGGAGCUUAAGGUCAUCAUCAUCAUGGAGGAAAAUGUUCAACGAGAACCCCCGCGCCCAAAGAGCUCUGGAGAGGUGUCCAACCAGGCCGUACUGCCUCUCCUGCAGCAGCCUGGGAAUCAGCAGUCCAACAGGGUCACUAACUUCUACAUCGACAACAUCUUAAGGCCGGACUUCGGCCGAAAGAGAAAGAAAGGCAUCUGUGUUCAGGGGGGAUACAGCCUGGAGGGACGGGGCGAACUGUCAGGGAGAAAACCUUCCAAAACUGACUCAAAGCACAGUGGGACAGGAGGAAGGGUGUCUGACCACCAGCACCCAGAGACUGAGGCGAGUGGUCCCGAACUGAAAGCCUGUGAAUCAGGCCGAGGGGACUCCUGCCGCAGCCCCGAGAACAGUGAAGCUCCGGCGGCUCCUGCAGCCCCUGCAGCCAAGCCGAUGCUGUGGCCGGCCUGGGUUUAUUGUACCAGGUACUCCGAUCGGCCUUCAUCAGGGCCCAGAUCCCGCAAACCAAAGAAAGAGCCGACCCCGAGCAAGGAGGACAAGCGGCCCCGGACGGCCUUCAGUAGCGAGCAACUGCAGCGGCUGAAAGCGGAGUUCCAGAAGAACCGCUACCUCACCGAGCAACGGAGGCAGAGUCUGGCCUUGGAGCUCAGUCUCAACGAGUCUCAGAUCAAAAUCUGGUUCCAGAACAAACGAGCCAAAAUCAAAAAGGCCUCUGGGAAUAAAAACUCUCUGGCGCAGCACCUGAUGGCGCAGGGACUGUACAACCACUCCACCGGCAGUGAGGUCCGCUCCGACAGCGACUGAAGCACAUCAUCAGAACCCCAUCAUCCUGGUUCAGACGACCGACACCAUGACCUGACAUCAUACUGUCCGCGCGACUGACUGUUCAAAGCACGCGCACACAGGGAAGCACACAGCGCGUGACCCAUGAAGAAGCAGGCUCAGAAACAAGAAACUUGAAAUGUUUUAGACAUUCAUCUUGAACCCAGAAACGUCUCUUCCAGGCCCAGCUGAGACACAAAGCUCCUGCCCGCACGCACUGACUGCAGGGUGGCUCUUAGAACCAUACGCUGAAAUCCAAAGAGAGCUUCUCCGGCCGCAUAAUGAGGACUGUUAGGCGUUCUGUUCGUUGAACUCUUGUUCUGUUGCUACAAUAAAACUCAGCGAAAUGCGAAUCAACAUUUCUUUCUUUUUUUUUUUUUUGUCCAGAUCAACUUUUAGUAGCUGAUCAAGCAGCAGGCGCCUGAAGAGCUGCGGGUUUCCUAUGUUUUCAAUCAUUUUAUGGAUCUAAAACUGACCGGAAAUGCCUUUGGAUCUGUAGUUCCGCAAAUCAUCUCCAGCCGCGCCCUGCCUUAUCGCGGUUCCCUUGACCCAAUUUUCUAGAAAACAGUUGGUUUCAAUAAGAAGGAUCAUGUUAUUCGUUUAUACUCUUAUUUAUAUCAAACACAGUUAGUAUUCAGAGCAAAGGGGCUCUAACAUGUUUACAUAACUUAUUUUUUCUACGCGAACCUUUCUUUGAAUGCAACGUUUGGCGGAUCAGAUUAAUGUGGAUCCAGACCAGAUGUUGGCCUUACAAUGCAGUCAAGUUUUCUUUGUUUCCUUAAAUUGCUUCUGUUUCCACAUGAAGAUUUUAUGUUUCUACUUGUUUUUGUCCUUUCAGCUAAAGUUUUCCUUUUUAUACAGCAUGUAAAUAAUUUAUAUCGUCAUGAUGAUGUGUAAAUAAAGAAUGCAGAUCUGA